AUGGGGAGGUUAAUCCCAUAUUUACCCAUUGGAGAAGUAGAAGUAAUGAAGGCAAUAUCAACUAAUGAUACAGUCAUUGGUCCCCAUCGAAACAAUAAACAGUUGAUGGCAAGAUCCCAACAAGCCAACAAGGCAGUAAAAGUAGCUCCAUCAAAGGGAAUAGUUUCAUUAGAAGGUAGUUUCAAGAAAGGAGCCUCCCAGGUCAGCCCCCUUGAGGUUGAUCAACCUUUCAUCCCUCCUCCUGAAAUUCAAGAGGUGGUAGAGGAAGAAGUGAAGGAGGAGGAUGAACAAGAGGGAAAAGAUACUCCUCCCCCGUCACACGGUUCUGAAGGAGACGAUGAGGAUGAAAAUGACGAGGAAGAUGAAGAUGAAACUCCUGCCCAAAGGAGGAUUUUUGAGGAAGGCUUCAUCCCAGAAUAA